UGUUUUAGCUCAGGCUCUGGAGUGGACUCCCUUAGCUGAGGGGUCCUCUGGGGAGCCAGAGACUUACGGAAACUGGUAGCGAUGGCGGCUGGGCCGGGCGGUUGGCUUGGGCCGGCGUUUGGCCUGCGGUUGCUGAUGGCGUCUAUACUUCACGUGGUGUCUGCAUUCGGGGCAGAGUUUUCAUCAGAAGCUUGCAGAGAGUUAGGCUUCUCCAGCAACUUGCUUUGCAGCUCCUGUGAUCUUCUUGGACAAUUUAACCUACUUCAGCUGGAUCCUGACUGUAGAGGAUGCUGUCAGGAAGAAGCACAGUUUGAAACCAAAAAGCUAUAUGCAGGAGCUAUUCUCGAAGUCUGUGGAUGAAAAUUGGGGAGGUUCCCUCAAGUCCAAGCUUUCGUCAGGAGUGAUAAACCCAAACUAUUCAGAGGACUACAAAUCAAGUAUGUUCGUGGUUCAGACCCUGUACUAAAGCUUUUGGAUGACAAUGGGAACAUUGCUGAAGAACUAAGCAUCCUCAAAUGGAACACAGACAGUGUAGAAGAAUUCCUAAAUGAAAAGUUGGAACGCAUGUAAAUUUGAUUACAUUGUGUCCUAUCCUUUUGUUACCUUAUCAAAUGAAAUAUUACAGCACCUAGAAAAUAAUUUAGUUUUGUUUCUGUCUUUUGAUCCGUCUUACUGUGAGGCAUUAAACAACUAAUUAAAAGUUGAAGUGGCAGCACAGCCCAUGAAAUCUAAAGAGUUGGCAAGCUUAACAAAACUCAUUUUUUAUCAAUUUCCAUCCUACAUUUGUUGAUACCACUAGCAAAAUGCUUUGCAAUAGACUUGUGGUUAAUUAUGCAAAUGAUAGUUUGUGAUAAUUGGUCCAGUUUUACGAACAACAGAUUUUUAAAUUAGGGAGGUUAAUAAGGGAGAUGAUUGCUACUAUGCCUCAUGUGCUCUGUGCUCUUUGAAAGUAAUGAUAGAAAACUACAAAGCAAAUAAGAUAUACUGAGCCUCAACAGAUUGCUUGAUCCUCAGAUUCGCUCAUAUUUUUGUAUUAACCCAGCUUUCCUUUUAAUAGAAACGCUAUAGUUUAUAAUGAAUGCACUGCAUAAAAACUUUAUGGCUUCACUAUUGUGAAACAAAUUCAGGAUCUACAGUAAGAUGAAACAUUCACAAAGAUUAGCAUUAAUGAAGACUACACAGAAAAACUUUUUGAGGAUUUGUGUGGAUCUGAUAUUUAGCAAAUUUUUGUGCUUGAAAUUCUUACAGAAAAGUAUUUUAAAAUGAUCACUUGUAAGACCAAAAUAUAAAUAAAAAGUUUCAAAAAAAUCUCUCUGCA